GUACUGUGCAGUCCACUAAUAGCCUUUGUCGCCCCUUGUGGACGCUUUCGUGAACGCAGAAACAAAACAAAGCUGCAUUCAAAACCACGCAGCAGCACAGCGCAUAAAGUCAUUUCCACCAUAAACCAUAAACUGACCCGGGCCAUAAGUCAGAAGGCACCAAUGUCUCGGUGGCCCUAAGCCUGUGCCAUCGCGGGUUUUGUGCUCCGUCUCUCUGCGGCCGUUCACGACCGCGCUGUCUACUUCCUGAAUUCACAGCAGAAGAUGAAAACAACUGUUUGUCAAGAGCCAACACACAUCGAAGGCUGUUAUUUGCACUGAUAACCGCAAAAGGGCUUUGGGUUGGAGUUCAUCGUCUUCGGUUUGGUCGGGGAGUGCCGCCGCUUUGUCGCCAUGGUGGAGACUCCGACUGGCUGCCUGUUUGAAGACAUUCAGCGCGAGGACAUUCACGUUGAAGCGGCUGUUGGCAGAGGGACAUUUGGGGUUGUCUUCAAGGCCAAAUGGAAAGGAAAGGACGUAGCAAUCAAGACCAUUGAGAGUGAGAAUGAGAGGAACGCAUUCCUUGUUGAGCUCCGCCAGCUCUCCCGGGUAAAUCACCCGAACAUCGUUAAGUUGUAUGGCUCCUGUGACAAUCCAGUCUGUCUGGUCAUGGAGUAUGCAGAGUGUGGCUCUUUAUAUAACCUCUUGCACAGUGCAGACCCACAGGCCCACUACACAGCAUCCCAUGCCAUGAGCUGGUGUCUGCAGUGUGCCCAGGGAGUUGCCUAUCUGCAUGCUAUGAAGCCAAAGGCCUUAAUUCAUCGGGACCUCAAACCACCGAAUCUGCUCCUCGUGGCUCGUGGCACUGUGCUGAAGAUAUGUGACUUUGGUACAGCUUGUGAUAUUCAGACCUACAUGACCAAUAAUAAAGGCAGUGCAGCGUGGAUGGCACCAGAGGUGUUUGAAGGCAGUAACUACAGUGAAAAGUGUGAUGUGUUCAGCUGGGGCAUUAUCCUGUGGGAAGUCAUCACUCGCAAGAAACCCUUUGAUGAAAUUGGUGGCUCAGCAUUUUGCAUAAUGUGGGCUGUCCACAGAGGCACACGUCCUCCUCUAAUCAAAGACCUCCCCAAACCAAUUGAGAUUCUGAUGACCCGCUGCUGGGCCAAAGAGCCCAGCCAGAGGCCAUCCAUGGAAGAGGUCCAAAAGACCAUGAGGCAUCUCAUGAAGUACUUCCCAGGUUCUGAUGAACCACUCAAGUUCCCUCACCAGCCUUCAGCCAAAAGAAGUGGCUCUUCAUCAGCCACGAACACAGGCUUGUAUGCUGACUUCACCAUCAACAGUAAUAUAUGUGAUGACAACUCAGAACACAGAACCUCUGUUGGCAGAGAGGAAACCCUGAAAAGCUUAGAGGCCAACAUUCCACUACAGUUCAAACCCUCAAAGACAGCCACAUUGCAUACUGGUCUGUCCAGGGUGUCGAGCAUGGACAGUCAACCAGGGCCCUCCCAAAGCACUAGCCCUGUAACUACUGCUGGGCAAUCAGAGCUGAGGAUGACAUUUAGUCCCACAGCUACCAAUGGUAUAGACAGCUCCAUUCCCAUGGCCUGGCUGAAACUGGAUUACCAGUUACAGCCUUUGGCGCCGUGUCCGAACUCCAAAGAGUCCAUGGCUGUAUUUGAGCAGCACAUCAGGAUGGCUCAGGAGUACCUCAAAGUCCAGUCAGAGAUUGAUCACCUUGUUCGGAGGAAAGAGGACCUGAUGUGUGAACUGGAGCAGGACCAGAGGGAGCAGCAGACUUCAUCCCGACUCAUGCAGGAGCACAGCAAGCUGCUGGAGGACAACAGCCAACUGUCGACCUACUGCCAGGGCCUGAAGAGCAAACUGAGCUUGAUCAAGAGUCAGAAUCAGCACCCUAGCUAGGCCACGAGGCUGGUCCAAAGCAGCAGUCUAUGACCGUUGCUGUUUUUACUGUCUUCCUGUGUGGACUGCCUCUUUCUCUAAAGGAUGAGCAGAACCAGCCUCUCCAUUACUAUUAUGCGCAGAAGCCCGUUUUCCUUUAGAAAAUGAGAAAUUUAUCUCACCACAACACAAUGUAUCAAGAUAACAUCAGAAUUAAAGUUUUAAGGUCCAACUGCAACUGUAAUUUAGGUUCUUAUUUGUAGUGUAAUGAAAUAUAAGCCAUAAUGACAAGGCAGCUGUCGCAACUGUUUCUACAUGUUUUGUGGGAUCAACAAAAGCCCCUGAGUGGGUGCCUUUCAAUUAAAAAAGCAGCUUCCAGGUGUUCUCUGGAAUUCUGCACAUUUGGUGAUGGAGCUGGCCAUAAAAUUCAAUUCCAUUCACUUCAGUAUUUCACAGUGGUAUAGACAUGGUGGGACCAAAGAGAUUUCACACGGACCUGUAGACUGAAAGUUAUUUAGAAAAAGAACAACGGCUGAAGUUUCGGAGGGUCAUUACCUUGUGGGCUUAUAUGAUGAUAGUGAGUUAUAUUUUGUUGUAUUACAUUUUUUUGAAUUGUUGAAAAGGCAGUACAAUUGUGAUGUGUAGAUUAUUACCUGUAUAUAUUCAGUAUAUCACACAAAGUUUACUGUUUUAUGACAAGAGUAAAGACUCUGGGCUGUAUCAUUUUAAACCAAUUUUACUGUGAAUACAUGUGUUACCAAAGGAAUUCUGCUUUGGAGACAUCCCAUCUUGGCACAAAAGAAAUGUUUUGUAGAAAGGUUGUUUGAUUUGAGAUGGAAAUGCACGUUGAAGUGUCCACAAGGCCAGGAAACCACCUAAGAAAGACUUGCUUUAUUCUAAGGAACUCAGCAUAGCCAUAAUCAAUAGCUAAACUUUGACUGAGCGUUUUCACACUAUUUAGCCAUUCACCCAUUCGCACUCCCAAACACACACACAAACACAUUCACGCACCAGUGACAUCAUCGGGAGCAACUUGUGGUUCAGUGUCUUGCUCAAAGGAAAUCCAACAAACCCAGGACAUUUGGUCUUACCUGAUUCUUCCCAGGGGAACUCAGGCACAGGGUCCAUCUACAGCCUUUUAUCUAACUUCUUUAUCUACAACAGGACACACUGGAAUGCCAAGCGACGACGACUCUCUCCUUCUUAUGACUGCUGAAAAUACCUUGAUUAGUAUUCCUCUUUCCUGUUAUAACAAUUCAAAAUGGUGCAUUGGACUUAAGUGAAAGGUUGUGUGGAAGGUUUAAGGAGCCUGUGGCAUGCUUUUGUCACAUAAGCAGCUGGCACUCCGCCUCCUCAUGUGCCAGCACAGCUGAUGACAAUCAACCCAGCUGCAGUGAAGCCGAUAGCUGGUGUGUUCUUGUCACCAGAUCGUUGCAUGUUCCUUAGCGAACGGAUUGUGGCUCCCUUCCUUGUGAUCAGCACUCCUGUAAGCUGCAUCUACUCACCUCUUUGUCUCCCUGGUUUAUGUCCUGCUGAGUGAACUCCUCUCAUCGUGUCCCCGUGUCAGCGCUCCUGCCUACUACAUCCACUCAUCUCUUCUUCACGUCUUGUCACCUGUACGAGCUCCCCUCAGCAGGGUCCUUCAUCAAUAACCACCACUAUCUUACCACCUCCUGCCCAUGAGCGGGACCUGCCACCUCGUCAUCAUCUCAAUCACCAUCCACUCCUACUGGCUCUGCUUCUUCUACUCUACCAGUUAUCCACCUCCACAUUCACCUGUCUCCACUCCUCCAGCUGACCAUCACUGGUAACCAACAGCGGUGUAUGUACCAAUGAAAAGAUAUUUGUAACACUUUAUACAAAGCGGGUAGUUGAGAAACCCCAUAUUUUAACUGGCAUAAUGCAGACAUAGUAACUUCUCCAGUGUUACAACAAUUCUCUCCAGUGUUAUAGAAACGAGGUAUGACAAUAAAGCAUGACAGUUGAACCUAUCACAUACAGCCAGCCUGUCCAGAGCCUGUCUGUAGAGCUUGGCCUCUGUUCACAGCCAGUUUAAGGGCCUGUUCCUCUAAACAUUACAGUUAAAGGAAACUCCUACCAAUAAUCAGCUGGAAUCCUAUUUAUGUUUGAACCCCCCAUUCUCCUUUAAAGCACCAGUGUCCUUAUAAACAAUGUGACCAGUACCUAAAUAUCAUCUGAAGCAUGUGCUUGAAUGCUACUGUAGAUAUUCCGUUCUGUUGACCUGCAGGGCAUUUUUCUCAUGCCACAUGUCAAAAUAUACCAUAGAAAUGUAAAACUAUAUUUAAUACCGUGAAAUUUCCGCUGUGGACAAAGAGGAUGUCUUCCUCAGUUUUUAAAAACCCACAUAUUUGUUUGUGAUUUGUGGUGGCUAAAACUACUCCAGUCAUAAUUUUUUUCUACAUUAUUCAUAUUAUUUUAUUUUACUGUGUUAUAUGACUAGAGCUAUAAAUACUGUACAGCGUUAUCUGAGUCUCACUCCCUAUCAAUGAA